ACUCAAACUCAAACAACAAUGUUACUUACUUAUUUUGUUACUCGGUGCUUAUAGGUUUCUGAGCAUGCAAGAAAGUGAGUUUCCAUGAAUCCAUGUAUAUAUAAUAUUGAUGACUUAUUACAGUUUUAUCUAGCUAGUUAACUGGGAUUGUGAUUCAGCUGGUAGUUCUUUCUUUUGGUGUAAGAUCAGGACUUAUUUAAUGAUAAUUGACAUGAAUUACGUAGCUCUGUGCAUGCAUUUUAUUAAUUUUUUUAUUAUGUUUGAUACAAGCAAAUAACCAUCCCGGUAACUGUGAAGAGUCUAUAGCAGAUUUUUCUGUUAGCUCUUACAAUCUUCAUGAAAAAUUAGGUUAAUUGAGUUUGACACAUUUAGUGAGUGAGUGACAGAUCUCCUAGAUACAAACUUUUCUUCUUUAAAUGCCGUUCAAUAACAGAUGCUUAUUCUUUUUUUCAUGUGAAGGGUUUUUCCACUUGUCAAUUCUGCUGUGAGACAGACCUAAUGAAAUUCAAGCAGCUUGCAUGCAGAUUCACAUGUGAUAUUCAUGGUCAAUAUUCUGACCUUCUAAGACUUUUCGAAUAUGGUGGAUUACCCCCAAAGUCUAAUUACCUGUUCCUAGGGGAUUAUGUCGACCGAGGGAAGCAAAGUCUAGAAACAAUCUGCCUUCUACUUGCGUAUAAGAUAAAGUAUCCUGAAAACUUUUUCUUAUUAAGGGGCAACCACGAAUGCGCAUCAGUCAAUCGUAUAUAUGGUUUUUACGAUGAGUGCAAACGAAGGUUUAAUGUCAGACUAUGGAAAGUAUUCACCGAUUGUUUUAAUUGUCUACCUGUUGCGGCUCUAAUUGACGAAAAGAUAUUGUGCAUGCAUGGAGGUCUCUCACCUGACCUGCAUGACUUAGAUCAAAUCAGAAAUCUACAGCGUCCAACUGAUGUCCCAGAAACUGGUUUACUAUGUGAUUUACUAUGGUCUGAUCCCAGUAAAGAUGUUAAAGGAUGGGGAAUGAAUGAUAGGGGUGUAUCAUAUACAUUUGGUCCAGAUAAGGUGUCUGAAUUUCUUCAAAAGCAUGAUCUAGAUCUUAUUUGCCGUGCACACCAGGUUGUUGAAGAUGGAUACGAGUUUUUCGCUGAUAGACAACUUGUAACAAUAUUCUCAGCCCCAAAUUACUGUGGAGAGUUUGACAAUGCUGGUGCCAUGAUGAGUGUGGAUGAGACCUUGAUGUGCUCUUUUCAAAUAUUAAAGCCUGCUGAAAAGAAACCCAAGUUUGGAUUUGCGAGUACAACUACAACUAAGCCAGGAAGUCCUCAAACGAAAACGAAGGUACCAGUGUUUCAGAUCUCAACUUUGAUGCAGUAGGACUAGACAACAUAUGGAUGCUUGGAUGGCGGAUGCUUGAAUGUCAUUUCUUGGUGGUAGAAUAGGAUGAGAUCAUUUAGCUUACGAAGAUCCAAGAAAUCUGCUUUCCGCAAUAUCUGACAUUUCGGGUCAAGGGCAGUGCUUUAAGUUUUGCAUCAUCAUGCUGGUUGGAAGUUAGCAAGCCGGAUCGGAAUAUAGAAGAUUUCUUCCCCGGAGGAAAACUGGGGAGCCUGUAAUAAUUUCUUCCUAAUGUGUAAUUCUUGCCAAUAUAAUAGGAGAGCUGAAUACUUUUGUCAGCCAAGAUUUCUGACCCUGAUUAUUGAACUGGAAAAACAAGAAAACAUCACUGAUUUACUGGACCUUGUGAUGCAUUCAUGCAGGGAAUGAAGGGUAAACCGUCGGUUUCUUGUUGCUUGUUUUUUCUCCUCCCUUCAUCCUGACUGAAUUUAUGUUGUAAAGUGUUCUUAUUGUUGUGAGGUAAACCAUUUUUCCAAGUGGUCAGUUGAUUGCCUGUUUUGACGG